AUGAAAAUCAUCAUUGUCGGAGCAGGUAUCGCAGGUCUCGCUUCAUACCACGCAUUGCGAAAGCACCUUCAAUCCAUUAAGAGUGACCGGGCCGUUUCCAUAAAGCUCGUUGAAUCACACACUUCUCCAGCCAACUCUUCACGGACAAUUGGGGGUGGCAUUGGACUCGCGCCCAACGGUUUGCGCGCCAUUGCUUCCAUUUCCCCGGAGGCGGCCUCUUACAUCCGGGAACGUGCUUUUUCCGGAGGUUUAAUGACCUUUCGUGACUCCGAAGGCCGUUUGUUAGGACAGAUGAAGGCAGGUACAGCUGAAAGAUACGGGGAGUUUGGGCAGGUGAUGGUGUUGAGGGCUACGGUUCAUGAAGCGCUUCUCCUUCGCGUUCGGGAGGAGGAUGUGCAGUGGGAAAUGAAGGUUGUGAGUGUGAAGGAGGCCGGAGAGCAGGUUUUGGUUGAGUAUGGAGAUGGGAGCUCGGAGCUUGCGGACCUCCUCAUCGGGGCGGAUGGUAUUCGGAGCGUCGUAAAGGAUUCGCUUUUUAACGGCGCGUAUCCUGCAAUGUACAAUGGUCUCACCGGCGUUGGUGGUUUUAUCCCCAUCUCAUCUUUACCUUCACUUCUUCAAGAGAGUUUUGAUACCCAUCGCAUCACCAUGGCCUUUGGAAAACAAGGAUUCUUCGGCUACUCUCCGUGCACUUCUUUAUCGUCUGCAGCCCCUUUCAUCCAAUGGUGGACCGUUUACGAAGCACUAUCGAAUCCAACUCGAGAAAAGAUUGACAAAACAGAGCUUCUCACGCGUUACGGCGAUUGGAAGUCACCAUACGAUACCCCCGAAGGUGGUCUUUACAAGCAUCUCAUUGAACUCGGAUACGCCGCAGACCCGGAGUCGCGAACCACAAUCCCAAGACAUGUUACUCCUCGCCUGCCACACUGGUCUAAUUGCACCUCUCUGAAUAGCGACGUAAGAGGACGUAUAGUGCUCAUCGGGGAUGCCGCGCACGCCAUGACACCUGACCUGGCCCAGGGAGUAUCCUGCGCAGUUGAAGACGCAGUCGUUCAUGCGCUUUUAUUAAAGCACUAUCUCCCCAUUCCGCAGGGCUUCGAGAAAGCUGCUCAAGCGUACGAAAUGCUGCGCAUGCCACGCGUCCAUUUCAUUCUCGAUCAAUCUAGAUGGAACGCGAAUGCCAAGAGGGAUAUGAACUGGCUGUCCCAGACGAUCAGGGACUGGGGUAUUUGGAUCUUUUGCAAACUUCCAGAGUUUGUUCAUGGUGGGAUUUUUAUGUAUGCAGCUGAGGAUGUUGUCGCAGACUAUAUCGCGAAGCACCCACUUUAA